AUGAACACCGAAUCUCAAACGAUCCGCGACGACAUGACGGACACCUCAAGCAACCGAGGAACUGACACUGGCGCGCCAACAGCGCCCGACGCGCCGGGGCUACCUCCGCUGGACCUAGUAGCUGCCCGCGCUGAGCUAGAUCCCUCGCGCCGCCUCUUGUUCACACCUAACACAGGAAUGGAGUCCGAUGCUGCUCACGCCGUCCCGGCUCCUGGCGCACCUACCGCACUCGCCGCAGCCGCCGCAGCAGGAGCAACCGAAGGCACCGCACCAGGACGUGCCCGAGCCGCACACCAAGGCACGCACAUGGACGACCUCGUUCAGACCAUUCUGGAUAGGCUCAACAACCAUGACGCGCGGACCACAGAACGGAUCGACGCCCUCGUAGCCGCACAAGUCGCUUCCCAGAGCCAGAUCGAACGACUACGACGCCGAAGACGUACUUCCCAACCCCACGAUAAUCAGGAAGAGUUGCAGUCUCCACGAACCCUGGUAGCCGAACGCAUAGAGAUUCGACGACGCGGCCCAGCAUCUAUCAUCGUCGGAUCCAUCGACGAACAUCUCCCCCAGAAUUUGCCGCACGGCCAAAACAUGCAGAGCGCCCAGAAUCUGCCGCACGGCCAAAACAUGCAGAGCGCCCAGAAUCUGCCGCACGGCCAAAACAUGCAGAGCGCCCAGAAUCUGCCGCACGGCCAAAACAUGCAGAGCGCCCAGAAUUUGCCUCACGGCCAAAACAUGCAGAGCGCCCAGAAUCUGACGCACAGCCAAAACAUGCAGAGCGCCCAGAAUCUGCCGCACGGCCAAAACAUGCAGAGCGCCCAGAAUUUGCCGCACGGCCAAGACAUGCAGAGCGCCCAGAAUUUGCUGCACGGCCACAUCAUGCAGAGCGCCCAGAAUUUGCCGCACGGGCAAAACAUGCAGAGCGCCCAAAAUUUGCCGCACGGCCACAACAUGCAGAGCGCCCAAAACGUACAGUACGGCCACAACUUGCCGAGCGCCCACCAUUUGCAGCACGGUCACCAUCUACAGAGCGGCCAUAAUCUUUCAACCUGGCAUAAUCUACGGAGCGGGCACAACCUACUUCGCAACCGAACUCUAGACACCGGACGACUCUUGCAUGGCCGCCACAUUGACGACGAAAACCGUUCUCGCGAACGGGAGCUCACACGGUUGAAUGCCUUAAUAAGAGACAUGUCCUCCAAAAUGCAUCGGGCAACCACUGCGGCGCCUGAACUGGAAAAGGUUUUGGAAGAAACACAACGCUCGCCCUUCACAGAGCGCCUCUCGGCCAUCCGUGUUCUUCACAUUAACAAAGUCAAAUUAGUCCCAUACAACGGCCUCACCGACCCAAAAAUCUUCCUUAAGUCGAUGUGCAUCGCCAUCAAUCGUGCGCAUUUCUCCGUCGAAGAAAAUGACGCAGGGAGCUGCCUAAUAUUUAUGGAAAACCUGACAGGGGACGCACUAAAUUGGUUCUCACGAAUCAAAGCUAACUCGAUCGAUAGCUAUCGAGAGCUCACGACCGUGUUCCUGCAGCACCACUCGGUUUUCAUGAUCAAGGAAGUUACAAACGCCGACCUAUGGACCAUGUAUCAGAAAGAAAGCGAACCGCUUAGAACGUUUAUUGAGAGAUUCAAGAAAAUCGUUUCAAACAUAGCUAUAACCGAUGAUGCGGAAAUCGGUGCC